AUAUAUAUCAUGGGGGCAUUUUUUCACUUGCAUAAUUUUGUUCAUCAUUUCCUAGUGAGUGGCAGAAGUGCUAGUAGAACUCAGUUGUGGUUCUGAGGUUCUGAAAUGGGGAGGGACAGUCAAAAUAGACACAGAUAUCACUCACUUGUUAAAUUGCUUAAAAAUCUCAUACACAAUGCUCGGCGUUGCCAACAUUUGAGGUUAUUGGAAAAGCACUGUUCCAUUCUAUCCUCAGAUCAAAAUACUGAAGGAAGAGUUUGCUCCAUCUUUGAGGGAAAUAAAUUCCAAACAAAUUCUCUUGGGAAACGACAUGCUAAGGUUCUACAGCAAGGAAAGUUACCACUUGAUAAAUGUAGUAGUUUGGAGACCGACCUUGGCAAGAGAACUCCUGAAACAAGUGAUCAUCAGUUUGUGCCAAGUCUAUCUUGUUGUACAAAAAAUCAAGUGGUGUCAUUUAUCUGGGCUUGCAGGAAUAUAGUUCCUCCAGAUCUUGCUUGGGACUACUUCUAAUUGGAGAAUUUUGAGGAGGAACAUCUCCAGGUUUGUUCGGCUUCGAAGAUUUGAAAAAUUCUCUUUAAAGCAGUGUAUGCAUAAGUUGAAAAUAUCAUUUUUCCCUUUGCUGUCAAAUAAGCACUCUUCAUGAUGCUCGAAUGAUUUUGUGCUAAAGCACACAAAAGUGCAGAGU